CUCCUUCUAGCUUGGAACCAGAUCGUGUCUCGUCGGUUCUCUCUCUACAUCCAUGGUUCUCUCUCGGUGUUCCUGAGGAAGUGUGUGUGAGCAGCUGAUCCAUCCAUCGUCUGUGUGUCUGGAUGAACCUCUGACUUUGUGCUCUUUCUUCUGAAGCCUCGGACUCUAGAAGCUAGCUUAGCAUGCUAGCUGGUAACACGCUAGCAACACAGAGUGAGAGAAACAGGAAGUGGUGAUUUAGUAAACAUGAGUGUUGUGCUGCUCUCGUUGGUGAAGCAGCGACUCACUGCAGCUGCUGAAGACAUCUUUGUUCUGUUUGAAAGAACGAUAGCAGAGUACGAGGAGGAACUGUCUCGUUCAAAACAGGAGAACGAGAGACACCGGAAACUACUGGACGCUGUUUUACAGCCUCAGCUUCAGAUCCACAGAGCAGACGUCCAUCAGCUGGUGGUGGUUAAAGAAGAGGUUCCCCCUCAACAGCAGGAGUGGAGCUCCAGUCUGGACCAGGAGGACCCAGAGCCCCCCCCACACAUUAAAGAGGAACAGGAGGAACUCUGGAGCAGUCAGGAGGGAGAGCAGCUUCAAGGGCUGGAGGAGGCUGAUAUCACCAAGUCCACAUUCACUCCUGUCCCUGUGAAGAGUGAAGAUGAUGAAGAGAAACCUCAGUCCUCUCAGCUUCAUCAAAGACAAACUGAACACCUGGAAACAGAAGCUGAUGGAGAGGACUGUGGAGGACCAGAACCAGCCAGGAACUCAGAUCCAGAGAGACAUUUACAACCAGAGACUGAGGACAACCCUGGAGACUCUUCUGAACCGGACACUGAAGACAACCCUGGAGACUCUUCUAUACCUGACACUGGAGACUCUUCUGAACCUGAGACUGAAGACAGUGCUGAUUGGAAGAAGACCAGAGAACCAGGUUCAAAGUCUCAGAGAAAUAAAAAAGACCCGGUCAGUGAUUCAAGACGUAGGACUGGAAAGAAACACUUUAGAUGCUCUCAGUGUGCGAAAAGAUUUGGCCGCAAGUCAAGUCUGAAUAGACAUAUCAUAAUUCAUACCGGAGAGAAACCAUUUACCUGCAUAAUUUGUGAGAAAUCUUUUGCGGAGAGAAGAGAUUUAAUGACACACAUGAGAAUCCACACAGGACAGAAACCGUUCAGCUGUUCAGUCUGUAAGAAAUCCUUUCCAAAGAGAGGACAUUUCCAACGACACAUGAGAAUACACACAGGAGAGAAACCAUUUAGCUGCUUAAUUUGUGAGAAAUCUUUUGCAGAUCGUGGGAAUUUAAUUGCACACGUGAGAAUCCACACUGGAGAGAAACCAUUCAGCUGCUCAGUCUGUAAGAAAUCUUUUUCAGAGAGAAGAGAUUUACAGAGACACAUGAGAAUCCACACAGGAGAGAAACCGUUCAGCUGCUCGGUCUGUGAGAAAUCUUUUACACAGAGAGGAGAUUUAAAGAGACAUAUGAGAAUCCACACAGGAGAGAAACCAUUCAGCUGCAGUGUUUGUGAAAAAAGAUUCACCUGGAGUCGUCAGGUCAAAAAACAUGAAUGUGUUGGUCGUCAGUCCUCACAGCUUCAUCAAACUCAAACUAAGGAGGACAGAGAGGCAGAGCCUCCAGCCAGCAGCUCAGCUGAACACAUGGAAACAGAAGCUGAUGGAGAGGACUGUGGAGGACCAGAACCAGCCAGGAACUCAGAUCCAGAGAGACAUUUACAACCAGAGACUGAGGACAACCCAGGAGACUCUUCUGAACCUGACAUUUUCCAAGUCAAAUCUGCAACAAAAAAAGAGGACAAUUAAUUAGUCCUUCGACAAUUCAUAUGAGAAAAAUCUGUCUGUAUAAACUCUGUUUGACAAUGUUCAUACAUGACUUAAUCUAAACUCCAUCAUUAUCAACAGAAGUUUUGAAUAUGUUUAAUGUUUUUGUCAUACUACUUUUCUGAUGUGUACUAUAACCACUGACUGAUUAAUCUGCAGUAGUUUCUCUAAUAAUCUGUUUGUUUAAUGAAAUGUUGUGACUUUAAACUUCCAUUGGGAUGUUGUUGAUAGUUCCUGUUGAGUUAUCAGUCUGUUCUGGUCUAAAAGAAGAACCAAUGACUUAUUGAUAUAGAGAAUGUGUACGAUGUUUUCAGUUUGAUUCUGUUUAUAUCAUCAAACCAAACUAAAAGAAAAAGGCCUUUGAAACAGA